AUGUUUUACUCGGUGUUUGUUCUUGCUUUUACCCUCUUGUCGCUGACGCCCAGCCUCGUAGCUGGCGUCCCCGCCGGGUUCAUUUAUAAUAACAAGCUUUAUGUACCUUCACUACUGCCCCCUCAAGAGGUCAGGCAGAACAAUGGCUUCGUACGGGAGGGCAGAAACGCUCUUGCGCUCGCCUAUGCCGAUAAAGAGGUGGCAUACAGCGAAGGACUCAAGAGAGCCGAAGAAAAGGCCGGCGGAAAUACAAACAGGGAAACGUUUUACUACUACCACAUCGACACAAAGAAUCGCGAGGAUAACUUUGUUCUUAUUAAAAACCAGGACACGUACGACGACAGAUAUAAAACUGAGCCGUGGACGCGGAUUUUCGGGGCCCACCGCAUACCUUGGGAGAUGAUCAAGGGGUGGACGAGAAACCCCCCCUCCCCGUGGCCGAACGUCUUUGUUCGGAAAACGAACUGGGAGAAGAAACACCCGCCCGGAGAAUAUGUUGCACCCGAACGGGCCCCAGACUCUGCCCCUUCAUCAAGCCGAACCCCCGCGCAGGCCCCGGCUCCGGGCCGCUCUGUCGGCCAGACACAUGGACUGGUGCCAGACUAUGGCCCUUCGUCAAGCCGAGACGCUCCCCCCAGUCGAGGCGGCAGACCCCCGUCUCGCGCUCCUCCCCCGCAGCACGAGGCUGAUGUGCCCUCCUCCAGUCGGGCGCCGGCUAGGCGCCCGGCGUCUGCCAGACCCUACAGCGAGGAGAUUGGAUAUGUCGCCGGUCCCAGCUCCAUGUUGCCCGAACAUCACUUUCCCCCCUGGCACCCCACCCCGGGAAUGCCGCCCGCGAGAAGACCCCCGCCCCCUCCCGGCCGACAAAAUUAA